AGAGACAUGGCGGGUGUUUACAGGUUAAAUAUUACAGACAUGUCCGCAUGUACAACGUAUAUCACCCACACAAUUCUCUGAGUAUAAGUUCGAUCGUGUACACAGCGGAAAAGAUCUCACAUGCAGCUUCAAGAAAAGGAAAAUGCGAUUGAUGUCAACCAAAAAACGAAUGCAUUCACGUUUUGGACUGUUGCCUUACUUUAUUGUUGGCACGGCUGGCAUUUUAAUAGUCUACUAUGCCUGGAAUUCAUUGUUUGUUACCCCUGAAGUGCUUGGUUACAAAAUCAAAGAUGAUAAUAAAGAGAAAGAUAUAGCUAUGAACCCAGACCCCAAUUGGUCUGUUCUGGAGGAGAUAAAACUUCAGGAUAAAAACCAACUCAGUGAUGAAAAACAGGAUGCACAACAGACAAAGGAAAAGCAGCUAAAGAAGGCCCAGGAUAGGAAUCCCAGUCCAGGACUCUUUCAAAAUCCGGAUUCUGCUGAUGAAGCCUUUUUCCAUCAGCUGCAGCGCUUGGUCCACCUUGAUCUCAAAGGUGCCCCUCCCCUUGUGAGCUACCUAGAACAGUUAUUUCCUUUGCUCAAGUCUCUUGGUGCUACAGGCCUGCUUAUAGAGUAUGAAGACAUGUUUCCAUACAGCGACAGCCUCAGCCUUCUUGCUGCAGGCAAUGCUUAUUCACAGACAGACCUGCAGCGCAUUCAGAUGGCUGCUCGUCAAAACGACCUCGAGAUUGUGCCUUUGGUACAGACAUUUGGACACAUGGAGUUUGUGCUCAAGUAUGAAAAGUAUAUGAGUUUAAGAGAACUAAAUUUUACACCACAGGUCAUCACCCCAGCCAGAGAGGAAUCCUACCUGCUACUCCAGCAGAUGAUUAUACAGAUUCUACAGGCUCACCCUGAGGCAAAACGCAUUCAUUUGGGCUGUGAUGAAGUGUUUGAUCUUGGUAAAGGCCAAAGUCACACCUUGUUGAUGACAGAGAAUCUUACUCCAGGGGAUCUUUUUCUUCGUCAUGUGACCAGACUGGCUAUGUUUAUCCGAUCUACUUACCCUCACAUUAAGCCCUUGAUUUGGGAUGAUUGGAUUCGAAAUAUCGAUGAAAAGACUAUAAAGUUGUCUGAAUUAAACAAGGCUGUGGAGCCAGUGGUGUGGUAUUACGAGCAUAACAUCAUGGACCGUAUACAGCAGCCAGUGUGGAAGAAAUAUGGCCAGCUCUUUGAAGGUGUGUGGGUGGCGUCAGCCUUCAAAGGUGCCUCAGGUAGUGGCCAGUACAUCACUAAGUCCUCUUUUCACAUUGACAACAAUCUUCAGUGGGUGGCCGUCAUCCGUAACCUAGGCAUCCAGCAGAAGCUGGUGAACUUCCGAGGAAUUGCCCUGACUGGCUGGCAACGCUAUGACCACUUUGCCACAUUGUGUGAGCUUUUGCCUGUCGGCCUUCCCUCAUUGGCCAUGUGUCUUUCGGCAACCAAGAAUGGAGACUUUAGUAAACAGCAGCAGGUAACAGCCAGUCGGGCAUUGGGAUGCUCUUCUCCUCUAGAUCUGGAAUUACCUGCUCUUCAUGGAGAAGGUGCACAUGUAACUCAAGACUGCAGCUUCCCAGGUAGUGAUGUCUUUUAUGCAGUGCAGCAACUGUGGGGCAUCGUAACUGCUACAGAGCAUAACUAUCGCUUGCAAUCAUCUAUAUCAGGUUGGCUGACAAACUACCAGGUGCAGAGAGGUUUCUCCAGCCCUUAUCAUCUACGCAUCUUGCUUAAAGAACUUGCAAAGGUAAUUGAGCCUUUUCAGCAUGUGUUGAGGGUUCUGGAAGAAAACUUGCUGAAGGUCUAUGACAGGAGUACAGUUGACGAGUGGCUGGAGACUAAUGUCCAGGACCGCAUUGACAAGCUAGAAGACAUUUUAGGCAAGGCAGAGGCUCUUUUGAAGAAAACUACAUGGCCACGUCGUCCACUGGGGCCUCCACCUAUGAAAUCAAGGUCUGAUGAAGUUGGCCAAAAGCUGCAGUCUAAGGAUUUUAAUCCAGCAACCCAAGGUGUGGAAGUAGUGCCCAUCCAAGGACAGGUGGAUAGCAUUCAAAAUGUGCCCGUCCAUUUGAGAGCAAACAUUCCAGGAAAUGGGAAUAUCCCUGUUAUAAAUUCCCAGGUCCAAGGUGUGAAUGGCGUCGUCACCCACGGAAGUGAAGGAUAUUGGCAGGGUGUGAAACUAUCUGAUGUGCUGCGUCAGAGCUUCACUCCAACUGUACCCAGCAAACUGAGGUACAUUCAGAGUGGAAAUGCUGAAGAUGGAAAUAUCCAACAACAGUUUAUUGCUGACCCCAACCAGAAGAGUGGAAGUGCAUUUGCAGAUGUUAAACAUGGACUAGGACAGAAUGAUUACAUACAGAAUUUGCAGCAGCCUCAGCAAGUUGUUGGUAGCCAGUACAAAGGUCAAUCUGCAAGCAGUAGAUGGAAUAAUGCUGUACCUCAAAAUGGUGACAAUCGUUUCCCAUUUCAGCAGCAGGUCCAGACUAGACAGGGCAAAGAGGAAAUAAUACCAAACAGAGUUGAUGACAUGACCGGCAGGGCAAACAGAGGACGUAGUAAAGAGGAUGGAGUCAGAGAACAAAAAGUGAAAGCAAAAUGGCAGAGGGGUGAGAAGGAUUUGGAAGGCACAAGAUCAAAGGCUUUCUCUCUUGAUCGUGCUCAGCAGUAGGGAAACCAAGGUAUGAGCUAGAAAGAUAAGGAGGAUUUUAAGAAUAGUGGUGUGAACAUAGAAUUUUUUUAAUGAUAAUACAGUUUGAUAUUUUAAUGAGACUAAUAACCAAUUUUUACUUAAUUGAGAACAGCGGAAAUCUCUACGAUGUCAAAAAUAAUAAAUAAACCCAGCAGUGUAAUAUAUCACCUACCCAUUAGACCUCUCUGAAAGUAGAAGGUUAAAGUAUAGAACGAAGGAGCUCUACUAUGGACUUUUUCGGGAGUAUCUAGUGUGAAUGAACAAAAGGUUGGCAAAUUCACAUUUGGCUACCUAGUCCAGAGUAUGGUAAUGAAGGAUGAUGGCAUUUCAGUAAAUAAGAAACCUAUGUGAAUCUAAUGUCACUGACGCUUUCAGUUACUUAUUGAUUGUUGUUUGCGCUGAAUUCUGCUGUACAUUCAAUAUAUAAAAACAAAUGGGCUUAUUUUAAAAUCCUGCGGUACUUUCUGAAAAGUAGCCAAGGAGUUUCUCCUCGUUUAGCUGAGAUCAUUGAUGAUAAUGCAGAUUGGAAUAAUGAGGUUUAUCCUGGAAGAAGUAAAGAAUUUGUUAUUGUGAUAGCAUUGUGGACCAUGGAUACAAAUAUAUCACUAUUAGCUGAAAAUCUUUGAAGUUUAACAGGAAUAGAUUGUACACAGCUGUUAUUUAAGUAAUAAUAAUUAGUAGACCACAUCAGUCCAUUAUGUGCAAUCACUCGCACAUCCUUCAGAUGAAAUGGAGUGUACAAACUGCAUCACAUGAAAUGGAAAGGUGAAGAUGGUGGCCACAGCUUCUGCUUGGAUAAAUGCCUGACACAGAACAGUAAAUUCUUAGGUGAUAGAUUUUCUUCUGUUUUUCAGUCAAUGGAAAUAUUCGUAUUAGCGUGAUUUUAUACCAGCCUUCACCAAAUUACAAACAUGAACUGAUCUCUUUGCUUUUGUGUAAUUUUAUGAAAUAACAAAAAUGAACGUGAAAUGUGCUAUACAUUUUGCGGCAACACCUGAAGUGUGAAGUGAAGGCAAACCAGGAAAUUUACACUAAAAGUGGACAGAUUUGACAAGCAGGACUACUCACUCUUUUCAUUGUAUCAUUGGCAUAGGUUGCUGAUAACCUUAAAAUGAGAAAAGUUGCCCUUGAUCUUGUUGCUUGCACUUGAAAAAUGUGUAUACUUUUUAGUACUACCCUUUUGUUUCGUCGUGGCUUAUUUGAAGGUUUAGUUUCUGUGAUUUUGCUUGUUUCUUUUCAAUCUGGGAUUUCAAAAAAAAAGGUGGGGGGGGGGGAUGGACUGUAGCAGUAAUUCAGAACCAGACAGUUUAGCAGUAUAUUUUUUUUUACAUUUGGGGUUAGGAUAACUUAUCACACAUCCUUAUCCUAGGAUUGAAUAAUAUUCAGACCAGUUUGUUAAAAUGAUUUGGCCAAAAAAAAAAUUAAGGUAACCACUUGAUAGUAAGAGUGUAAGAGUGGUACUUUAGUUCUGUGAUGGUCAUAUUGAGACUAUGCAUUAAAAACAAGAAUCGUUUGAUAGUCGUUUUAACGUUACUUUCAGCUUUUUUGGUAAGCCACAGCCCCCUUAUUAUUGCAGUUCAUAUGCAAUACUAUGUAUGAAAAAGGAGCAAUCCAUCCAUGCCAUGUAAUUCAAUCUAAGGUUUUUUUGUGGACCUUCUCCAAUCUUUGGUUCAAGGCACUUGCAGCUUUGAAAGCCUGGCAUAAAUUGUCCAAGAUCUGUUAACCCAACUCCUCACCUUCAUCAAGGCCACCCAGGUGCUCUUGUAUUUUAUUCCAUGUCAAAUUCCAAAUGUUCUCCUCCAUUGACAGUACAAGUAUUGCUAGCAUAGAGAAUUCUAUUAAGCAGACCAUUUACAUUCCAUUCUUUUUGUACUUUAUCUUUAGUUUGCUUUAGGUAUUUGCCAGAAGCUGUUGGUUUUCAAUAAAUGGUGGACUUUCAGUCUCAUUUUGGUAAAAA